CGCUUGGCUACCAGCUUCUACAUACGUAUACACCGAAGGUGGUUGAUAGACUUUGAACGAAGGCCAAGCUGGUAUGUCUAAGUAUCGCGGUGUACAUUGUAGCAGCCUGUGAUGCUGCUUUGGCCCUAAGAGUCACGGAGAUCCCCCUAGAGCCCUACUACCAUGGAAUACCGUCCGGGAUGAGUAUCGCCCUCUUGGUCAGGGCCCAAUACUUGAGGCUUCGGCCGAGGCUCAGCUUACACCGCUCAGCGACAUAUACUAAAGGCGUUGAGCUAAAAGGAAAAAAAAACCUGAGCCGAGCUGGGUAUUGAUGACCAAGUUGCCGUAUAAAUUCGAGGAGUAACUGGUAGGUAGGAGUGAUCACCUACCAAGACUAUGAAGUAAUUCGACUAAAAUAGUCAAAAUGUGUCUUCGUUCGGUUUGCAGUUAUGUAACCGCCGCUUGCGGAUUCGCGUCUGUCACCGCAGCAUCUCGUCUCUUAGGUUCCUCCUUUGGCAUCCCCAGCAAGAAUGCAACUUUCGACUACAUAGUGGUCGGAGGCGGUAACGCUGGCCUUACCAUAGCCACACGCCUUGCAGAACAGCAGAGCGGCCGUGUCGCCGUUGUCGAGGCCGGCACAUUCUAUGAGCUCGGCAACGGGAAUCUGAGCCAGGUACCAGGCUAUGAUAACAUGUGGAUCUCCAAAGCCAAAGAUGACUGGCAACCACUUAUUGACUGGGGCUAUGUCACCACGCCCCAACCGUAUGCUCUUAACACAGAGCUGCAUUACGCACGGGGCAAGACCCUCGGCGGCUGCUCAGCCAGGAACUACAUGAUAUACCAGCGGCCAACUGUCGGCUCCUGCAAGAUGUGGGCCGACGCCGUGGCGGACGAUAGUUACACGUGGGAGAAUAUGCUUCCGUAUUACCAAAAAAGCAUAUGCUUCACUCCUCCAAGUGACCUCCGCUUCGCCAACUCGACACCACUUUUUGACACUUCCGUCAUGGGUGAUUGCAGUGGACCGCUUUCAGUGACAUAUUCAAACUACGCCAACUCUUUCGCGUCAUGGGCCACUGACGGCCUCACGGAGAUGGGAAUGAAACCCAUCGAAGGGUUCCAGAGUGGUGCGCUUCUGGGGCAGUCUUACGUCAUGUCUACCAUUGACGCCAAGACGCAGACUCGAGAUUCAUCUGCAACCUCCUUUCUGAGGAAGGCUUUAGACUACCCUAACCAUUCGGUCUAUACCUUGAGUCAAGCCAAGAAGAUUUUGUUCGAUGAGGAAAAAAGAGCUACCGGAGUCGAAGUCGAUACACUAGGCAGCCGCUACGUACUGACUGCUUCCAAAGAAGUCAUCAUCUCAGCAGGAGUAUUUGCUUCGCCCCAGCUUUUAAUGGUAUCGGGCGUAGGUCCAGCAGAGAAUUUGAAGAAGCUUGAUAUUCCAAUCAUCGCCAACCGACCCGGCGUGGGCCAGGGCAUGCAAGACCACCUCUAUUUCGGUCCAGCGUACAGAGUAGUCGGAACAACAACCUCGUCUCUCGUCUCAAGUCCGGAAUACGCAGCUAAAGCAGCCAAAGACUUCGAACAAAGCGCGUCGGGAAUACUCACCAAUCCUUCCAACGACAUUCUUGGAUGGGAGAAGUUUCCCGAGUCCAUCCGAAGCACCUUCUCGGCCGAAACUCUAGAUUCUCUCGCCGAGUAUCCUGCAGAUUGGCCCGAGAUCGAAUACCUCGCCAUCGCAGGUUAUCUCGGCUACCAGAAUAUCUCCGGCGGCAGCGAUCCGGGCGACGGUUCCCAGUAUGCUACUAUGGGAGUAGCGCUCGCGCAGCCGCGAUCGCGGGGCAACGUGACCAUCACCUCGGCAGACAACGCCGUCCUCCCCGUCAUCAACCCCAAUUACUUCUCCGACGCGGCAGAUGUCGAAGUCGCCAUUGCCGGCUUCAAGCGCGCGCGCGAGUUCUUCAAUUCUACUGCCAUUCGUCCCUUCAGGGCCGAUGACGAAGAGGCGUUUCCCGGGCUAGGGGUGUCCACCGACGCGGAGAUCGAACAGGUUAUUAAGCAGAGCUUUCAGACCAUUUUUCACGCUUCGUGCACAUGUGCGAUGGGCUUGCCGAACGAUACCAUGGCGGUCGUUGACUCGGCGGCUAGAGUCUACGGUGUUAAAGGUCUCCGUGUCGUUGAUGCCUCUGCCUUCCCGUUCGUGCCGGCGGGACAUCCGAUGGGAACUGUGUAUGCUCUGGCAGAGAAGAUUGCGGCCAAUAUUACUGGUUCAAGUUAGGGGUGAUGCACAGGGGGUUGGCGAGAAAUAAAUUUGCACGCCAUAGAGUUUCAAGUCCUGCGUAAUUACCUGAAUAUCUAUAGCUCUUAUAAUUGACAAUGUAUAACGC